AUGAGCCACGACCCAUCCUGGCACUUGAGCACGGCUAGCCGAUCUGGUAUCCUCGCUGCCAUCGCGGCACCCUCGCCCGUCUCCAAGUACCGAACACUGUGCCACUGGGUCCCUUCCCCGUCGUUCGCCUCCCCUUCUCCAGAUUUCGUCGGACUGUUACAAUAUCCUCGUCUCUGUAUGGCUGAUUCCGAGGUCCAUGAGACCCUCGCUGGCCAUGGCAAUGGCGCUGGUUGGCGUUUCGGCCGGGGAGAAGAGCCGUGCCCCCGGGGGGGAAACCCUAUGUAUCGGAACCGUUUCACACAAGCAUUGUGGCUCUGCGUCUGGGUGGCUGCAUGGCAGGGAGUGUCGCAGGACAAGCUGCAGCGGAGGAUGCACGAGGCAAAGUGGAAAAGGAAAGUGCCACACCCCACAAUCCUCCUGCCUCUCCACACUCCUUCCUCUUCUCUCCUCUCCCAUUCCCACUUCUUACUGGCAACACCCCCUUCACAUCAAAGGGGAAUGGUGUCAAUGGAGAUCAUGGUCGCAUCGUCGCCCUCUGCAAGCAUCAAGAAGUUGGUGUGUCGCGUGUGCCAGAAAGGAUUCACCAAGGCUGAACAUCUCAGAAGACAUGAACGCUGCCAUACCGGGGCCAAACCAUAUGUCUGCAAAGAGUGCUGUCGGCCGUUUGCCCGACAGGAUGCUCUUACCCGCCAUGAAAAGCUACACCAGCGGGACGUGAACGCCAAGCAUGGCUCACCGUCCGUCUCAGCGCCUCCAUCUGCGUCCUUGGACUCGAUGGCCUCAUGGGACACGGGUAGCACAUCUACUGCACCCCCGGCCUCAACGUCGGCCACCAGUCACUCAUGGGAUGAGUCUCAAUCGAGUCAGCAUGCGGGCAUGCAAAAUGUUGCCUCUGAUCUGGACUUUGCCCUCAUCUGGCCGGACUCGGAAAAUCUAUUCCAGAGUCUGAUGUCCUCCGACACAACGGAUCAAUGGCAGAUGCCCUUGGGUACAUUGCCCUUUCCGCCUGUUAUACAGGAUGUCAAUGGCAUGAAUUUUGGGUCUCCCAAUUCGUUUGACGACCGAAGCUCGUCAGUUGGAGCGAUCCCAUCCGGGGAAGGACAUCAAGCCGUGCGUGACGUGACGGAGAUGGUAACCAGUUCGUCAUCGAGUGUAACGGCUGCCGUCAAGGCCACUUCCAUUACAUCCGUCUUCCUUGACGAAUGUCUUCACAUGUUCUUCGUCCGCUUCAUUCCAACAUUCCCUAUUCUGCACCGGGCGACUUUUGUAUUCCGCGAAUGCACCUAUCCUCUGCUGUUAAAUGCCAUUGCGAUUGGAUCUUUGUAUCUAGGCCCGAAGGACUCGGUCGCGAAGGGCGAAGCACUCUGGCGACUUGCACACACUGCUGUGGCCACCUCCUGGCAGUCUCUGAUCACACACCAUGGUCCAUACGAUGGCUGCAAGGGGGUCCAACUCAUGGUCACAGCUCUCUUGAGUCAGGUAUAUGGAGCGUUGUCCAAGAACCGAGCAGUUCGAACGACAAGCCAAAUUUUCCGUCCGCUUGUGUUUUUCUGGGCGCGCCACUGCGGCAUGUACGAUAGCGCGCCUUAUUCAAUGGAGAAUCUACCAUCUGCCGAUUCUACGGCUGCUGAGAAAGAGCAUCAAUGGCGGAUUUGGUCUGCUCGUGAGAUUCAACAACGUGCUCUGCUAGCAUACUACGUGCUAGAUGGGCUCGUCGCUCAAAUGUCGGGGGAUGGAGCUUCGGCUCGACAUGUCUCGAAUCCCUUGAGUCUGCCCAGCAGCGAAGCCGCUUUCGAUGCUAGCAAUCCCGAUGACUGGCUCGCGCACAUGCAUUCUCAGACUCCAGAUCAAUCCUCAUUCCUGGUCAUCUUCCGCUCGCUCUUCCCGCCGGUCGGGAACUUCCGUCCCUUGGAGUAUCAGUUCUCCGCUUUUGGACUUCGGGUUGUACUCGAGGGCCUCCAGUCUUUGAUCUCCGAUUGCAACGAUCAUGAACUGGCUGUUGGGGUGCCUGGUCGCUCUGAUGUUCGUCGAGCUCUUGCCCAGGUCCAUGAAACCAUUUCAAUGAGCAUCCAUUUCUCAGCUGCAGAGCGGUUGGAGAUCUUGCUCCGGUGGCAUACCGUUUGUUUAGACACAAUGGUCAACUCCACUGUGCUUUCUCGCCAUGUCUGCUCUCGCUACAAUAUCUCUCAGCAUGUGUCUGGAGGCGGCCGAGAUAUUCGAACCGGAUUCGACCUGAUCAAGUGGGCCAACAGCGAAGAUGCUCGUCGCGCAGUGCUCCACGCGGUUGCCAUACAAGAUAUCAUCGAGCAGCUUCCUCGGGGACGCGCUCAUGUGGUCCAUAUGCCCAGCUCACUGUUCGCGGCAGCCACAAUCUAUGUGGUCCUUUCACUUGCCGGUGCAGCGACCAUUCAUCUCCCUCGAACAAUCGUCUGGCAAGAUGCAUUACUCUCCCAUUCGGACCUCAACAUUGAUCAUGACGAUAUGCGACCGCCAUCCGGGUCGGAGACUCGUCGCUUUGUCGAAUCCGAGCAUACGAACUCCCAGGCGUCGAUUGGAGGGGCCGUUCGAAAUCUCCUGUACGAGCUCAACUCGAUACAGAAGCUUUUCCGUUGUCUCUCCUCUCAGUGGGGAAUUGCUCAUGAUAUGGAGGACAUUGUUGCGCAGUGGAUUCAGCUCUGUCACUGCCAUUGA